AUGCUUCCUGUUUAUGGAGCGAAUUAUAUGCACCGGCCCCCUGAAAGACCAAGAACUACAGGACAGCCGAAUAAUGCACCAAGACAGCUAGAGUUUAACGAAGCUAUGAACGAUUUUAAGCACAUGUUUCCAACGCUUGAUCGGGAUGUCAUCGAAGCUGUCUUACGUGCUAACAAUGGUCUUGUGGACGCAACUAUCGAUCAACUUUUAUCAAUGGGAAUUGAUAUGGAGGGAAAUAUUCCCAACUCUGGUCACCCUCAUCUGCCUUCAUAUAGUGCUCUUAAUGAGGCCGAACCUCCCCCAGCUUAUACACCGAGGGAAAACAACCCUUCGCUCUCUUCAGCAUCUCGGCCACUUCCUGCAAGACCCUAUUCCGCAUGGAAUCCGCCAUUGCUAGGUAAGCUACCGGACGAUUUUCUGCGUCUUGGACCGUCUACGACUCCAGCGAGAUCUCCUCUCAGUGGCGAUGGAGACAGCAUGGAUGACAAAGAACUUGAGCGGUUCUUAGAAGAUGAGAAAUUAGCCAUGGUGCUCCAGAAUGAAGAAUUUAUGCGAGAGCUGAGACAUAAUAAAGAUUUCAUGCUGUCACUGGAAAAAGGUUUGUGGUUUCGAACUAUUUUAUAAAAAGUCCAUUUCCCGAUUUAUCAGCCUCUUUGAUUCUAGAAAAAGUGAUCGAAACUUUCAGAAACCAAAUAUAUUUGCCCUUCCGUGAAUGCAAGGGGUACUCUUCAAUAAGGAUCGGCUUUCUUUUUUAUUUUCCUUGUUUUGCGGAACCUUUUAUUUUAAUACCAUCAUAUAAAAUUAAUAGCUUACUAUAUUCAAACCUUCGAUGUAAAUGAUAACAUAAAGUGUUUUUGCAUUAAAUAUUAAAAAUUUUCAAUGGAGAUUUUGAUUUUGUGUUCAAGGUCUGGAAGUGUACAGAUCUUCUAUAAAAAUUGAUUUUAAACGUCCAGACUUUGUACACGUAAUCAUGUUCUUGAGUGACACCUUGUACCUUAAUUCGUUUGUUUAUUUCAGUCUAGGUAGCAACCAUCCAUGUUAAACAAAAUCUUCAGAAGAAACAGUUUUUAGACGGGAACAUGAAAUAAAUAAAUAGCAUCAAACAAGUUUUCAACUUGAGGAACUGACUGGAAAUUGUUUUCAAUUUAUCCUCUAUUCAAGUAUCGUUUUUGUUUCAAAAUCAUUUUCAUAGGCACUUAGUUACUGAGUAAGCAUCAUACAUGUAUGUCAAAAGAAUCCUGAUUUCUCAAAACCCUUGGUUUCUAGAAACUCCCAAUAACUGAAGCCAACACUGACUUCCCCUCCUCAGUCAAAUGCAUGUACAUUUAGCGGGGCAAAGGAAAGACUGUGAGCAGUCUCUCUUUGGCUCCAAAAUCUGUGAGAGAGCCUGAUAUGCGAGUGUGCGAGCAGAAAAGCCACAAGCAGGGAAUUGCUUGGUGUACACACAACUGGCUGCUCACAGCUUUGGGCCUUGUGCACUAACAUAUUGCAUUCUCAAGGAUUUUUGAGCAAAAGAGAGACUGCUCCCAGUAUUUUAUACUGUACUUUAGAGAACAGUUCAACUCUAAAAUACAGGAACAAAUUUUUGCCCAGGUUUGAUGGAUAGUGCAUCUCUUGUGUAAAAUGACCAAUGAUGAUAACAUGUAGGCAUUACCAUUCCUCCUCUCAAAAGUAAUAAACAAACAAAAUAUACAUUUGAAAAAUUUUUUCAGGUAUUUUUUAUAUUCAUUAAUAUUUAUUAAGACAUUUUAAAUGUAUCCUUGAGUUUUUUGUUUUUUAAAAAGAUGCUGCAUGCUGUUGGUUGAUCCCUAGCCAAAAUAAGACUGUGCUACUAUGAUUUAAUUGAUAAAUAAAAGAGUGGUUUUUUUAAUUAUUUUCUCUCAACAGAUAGGCAAAGAAAUACUACAAUUGCACCCAAGAAUACACUAGGUUAGUUUACAAUCUCCCUUGGCUGCUAUGGUGUCGACAUUGUGGUUGACAUGAUGUUUUUUUUGUAAAAUACAUCACAAGAGUGUAAAAAUUAUUCAAAAGGCUCAAUGAUUCUUGAAGUAUGAAUGAUAUUCUUUUAAGGGCAGACAACUCUACUUACAAACAUCUUGACAAAACCUGCUUGGACCCCAGGACUGUGCUUUAGCAGUGCCCAGUGGCCUCUGGCACCAAUUACUUUUGCUCUCAGGCUACUGCAGGCAACUUUAUUUUAUUAAUAGAAAUCCUAUGCUGGGUACUCUGGGUUUCACAGGUUCAGAGCAGGGGGCUCCAUUCAAUGUUUUUAGAGCACAUUUUUGGUCCAACUUCUGCAUUUCCAUCAGUGGCCAUUCCUGUAAGAAGCCGCAGACAAUUUAGGGUGGCAUAGUGUAGUGUUUUUUUUCUUGUGUUUCUAAUGUGUCAUUACCAGACACAAAGGAAAUUUUUUUUCUGUCUACUGAUCUAUUACACAGUUCAGGGUUUUUCCAGGAUUGUUAUUACAUAGGUUUAUGAAAAGCUCAAUGAUUUAGUAUUAACAGUGUUAUAACAAGACACUGUCUUUCCAUAAAAUUUUUGCCUUGCCAUACAUGGUCAUUAUUCAGUCAGCUUGCAUGGUUUCGAAAAAUUUUGUGACCAACCCCCCUCUCCUUUGGAGGCCAGUACUUGGUUCAAGUUAUUGAGGGUAAAAUUAUAUAGAAAUGAUCCGAAGGGAAACAAAAAUUACUUUGAGUUAGCAGGGGGUUCAAGUUAUCGAUGGUUCAAGUUACUGAGGGUAAAAUUACAGUAAAUAUAUGAAGGAAAUCCAAGGGAAAUCGACUUUGGUUUGAGUUAGUGUGCCAUUCAAGUUAGCGAGGGUUCCAGUUAUCGGGAGUCAAAUGUAUAUGUACUUACAUUUUAAUCCCAUUUAAUCCCCUUCUGACUCUGCACCACAGAAUCUUAUUGAGAAACCAACUCUGUAUGUUAAAAAAAAAUUUUCUAGCACCUGUUGAGACAACAGCCAAAGCAGAUACAACAGCAGCAUUAGCUACUCCAAGUAUGAGUGGGCAGUCACACACAGCACAACCUUCCACAACACUAGUGGGUGUUGAACCUGUUGCCGGGGCAGUGGGAGGACACCCAGCGAGUCCAACUCAUGAUGAUGCUGUCUUCAGGGAAAAACUUAAGCACAUGGGAAAGAGUAAGUGCAAUGUUUGAUCAUCUAGAUGCUUAAAAAAUUUGAAAAUGGGAGUUCUUAAAAUGAAGAGUUUUGGAUUUUUCACUGUUCAACACAUGAUUACUACAAUGUAUGAAAGCUGUAUUAAUGGGCACCCACCUACCAAACAUAUUCUUUAAAUCCAGUGGGUGUACAUGUUCACCUGUCUUAAGAAUGACCCACAGUAUUGGUCCCAGUGGUGUUCAUGAUAGAGAGUUGAUGUAAAUACCACCUGAUGGCUUAACAAGUUUUAUUCACAUUACUUUUAAUAAACCCUUUAAGCCCCAGUAUCCACAAGCAAAUUCUCCACGCAGUUGUUCUGGUCUCCAUACCUUUCCUUAAAGAAGUAGUUGAGUGAAUUUGACAAAAGUUCAAAGUAUUAUCUUGUUCUUUGGUUGUCAUUAAUUUUUAUUAAUUAUUAUCAUAACCAUUUCUCUAAUAAUUGUGCGGUGAUAUUGUUGGGAAUCUAAGUUGAUGUUGGUUUUUGGGGCCAAUACCAUGUACAUGUAUAGCGUUAACUGAGCUUUUAUUAUUCAAAGUGCAAAAGCACUUAAAGAAGUGCACAUACGAGUAAGAUUUGUCGUCAAGUUGUUUCUUGGAAAGUUUUGUUUCCCAUUUUAAUAUUUCCUAAGAUUUUUUUUUGUUUCAGUUUUGUUAUUGAAUCUGAAAACAUGAUCAACAUCAUAACCAUGUCAAAUAAUGUUUAUUUAUUUUAUUUUAUUUCUAUAAUAUUAUUUUAGGUACAAGAAAGAAGUUUGAAAAAAUGGCUAAGGUGUUUCACAGAAAGAAUGUGAAUCGUGCCAAGUAUCCUUUUACAGUAUAUUGUUUUAUAUUGGUCUUUAGAGACAAAUUAUGCAGCUGUCUGUUUUACAACAAUAUUGUUUAUCAUCAGGCUUUAGAAUCAUGAUUGUGUUGCAGGCGCUGUUUCAGGGGCGGAUCUAGGGGGAGGGUGCAGGGGGUGCGCACCCCCCCCCCCACCCCCGAGAUGACCUGCGGUUUUCUAAUACAACUGGUAUUCUGCAAAGAAACUAUGUGGUUUAUUGGUGUUGAAGUAGAGCAAGAGACGAUUGCACCCCCUCCUAAAAAAAAUCCUGGAUCCGCCCCUGUGUUUUAAUCUGAUGGAUGCUUCAGUCAUAAUGUUCAUACCUUUUCUUAAAGGUGUAUUAUGUGCUUAAUGGGUCAGAAUAUAAAUAAAAAAGCUUAUAGACAUGAAAAUAGAGUUGCCCUUUGUUGUGUUCAUGUACAGGUCAAAAUUAAAUUCAGGUUAAAAUUUUUUAACCUAGGUUGAUUUUCUAUUUCCUUUGUCUCCUACAUGUAGCUCUAAUUAUUCAUGAAGGGCUAGAAGACAAACGAAAGAGAGAAUCAACCUAGGUUUAAUAAUUUUGACCUGGAAAUAAUUUUGACCUGUAACAUAUAUGUUUGUUUUGUUGUUUGCAACACACAGAGAGAAUGGUAACUGUGUGCCUUUGAUGAAAGAGCCUUGUUGUGCUCAGUGCACUGUCAGUAGUAGGCUACAAAAAUGUUAGUACUAAUAUAUUCCUCUAUUAAAGCCCAAUAUCCACCUACAAAUUCUCCAGACUAAUCUCCAUGCAUAUCGUUAUAGAACCAGCAAGAGAAUUUGUUCUACUAAUUCUUUAUGGAAAUGUAUGGAGACCAGUUUGGAGAAUUUGUAUGUGGAUAUUGGGGCUUAAAGGGGUUAUGGAUUCCUUAGUCUCUAACAUAGAAACAUGUAUUGCAGACAGUUCUAAUAAUGAUAAUAAUAAAAUUUAAUAUUAUUUUAUAUAGCACCUACACUUUUCAGUGCUAAGCGCAGUUCUGCUGAUCCCUGAUACUAAUCUUCAUACAACUCCAACCUGUAUCAUAAAUUAGACACCUAUACUAGUAGUAAUCUCAGAGCAGGAAGUGUGUUCGAACUUUUUUAGGUUUACUGUCAAAUGUGACCUUAUUUCCUAAUAAAUUUAUGCUGCAAACACUUCCUAUAUGUUUUUGUAAAAAAGAAACAAAACAACUUCAAAAAAAGAAAAAAGUCUCACCUGGCAGGAGUCGAACCCGAGUCGUUCGACUUGAAAGGACAACGCAUUAUCCAUUGCGCCACGCAACCAUUGCUGAAACUGCAUGUCAAAUUAAUUGUAUUUAACAUUUUUGUGCCCACGAAAUAAAUCAUUCAAGAUGGCGCAGAAAAUGCAGACAUACAAUGAAAUGAGUAUCGGAAAAGGUCACCCUUGAGUACCUCAGGAAUCCUAACUGAGUACCCCAGGAAUCCCAAGAUUAUGUGUUGCGUUCUCUUCACAGCGGAUGCAACAAUGUGGACACUUGGUGUCACUACUUUGGUGUCCUCUUUGGUGUCUACUCCACGUUAUCUGAUCCUCUGGAAAAGGCUUCAAUGUCAGAUGUAAAAAUCACUGGCAGUAAUAAGGAGGGGGUUAAUUUUGCAAUGCAAGUUGCAAAAAGCCACAGGGUCUUGGUAGUGAAGGAGUUCUGUAGGCUGCCUUUAGUUCUAUAUGUUUCACUUGAUAGUUUUUAACUUGUUUACUGCAUUAAUUUAUUUAUUUAUUAAUUUAUUUCAUGCGUGAAAUAAUAUUAUUAUUACACUUAUGUUUACAGUUUACCAUGGGCGAUUUCUAAAAUGGUUAGUUUCUAAAGAAACGUGGGAUAAAGAUGGUAAAGAUGACAAACUCAUUUUGUUUGUGUAUCUUACAGCCAAACUUUUUUGCAUGUUGGCCUUACAGUAAAUCGCAUUUUGUAGUUGUUAUUUAUAAAUAUGCCUUGACAUUUUAGUAUCAUGGCUGCUGCCUCUGCAGCGUCAACUGCCAAUCUUCUGGAAGGUUAUAAUGAGGAUGAUGAUGGUGAGUGUUCUGUUACUAAUUUUGUUAUUGCAGUCAAACCUCACCACAACAGCAACCCCGGGAGACAAAGCUCAGGGGCACCCAACUACUGUUUUCUGUAAAAUGUCUGUUUGGAGAAUAUUCUGCUGCUUGAAUACUGUAUAUGAUCUAAUAAACACCUGGGGCAUUUAUUUAAUUCUAGGGGUCCAAGAGGGGGCGUUUAAUAGAUGGGAGGUGUUUAAAAGAGCGAGGUGUUUAUUCUCGUAACUUAUUUUAACAAACUCAACAUAACUGUUACUAUACAGUAUGCUUUCGGCUAAAAACGUUUUUGGGUUAACAGAAUCUCGACUACGGGCCUGACGGCUUAUCUAAAAAUUGAACAUGACAUAAUACACAAACUGAUGUUAAUCAGGCAAUGAAAUUAAUAAAUAUUGAUUGAUUUUGCUCUAUUUCGCCAUUUCCUAGUAUUUGGGGGCAAUUUUCAAGGGGGGCAUUGAUUAUACAGGAGGCAUUUAUUAGACAGGGGCAUUUAAUACUAACUUAACAGCGCAAGGGGCCGUUUAUUAGAUAAGAAGCCUUUAUUUGAGAGUGGGCAUUUAUUAGAUCGUUUACGGUAUGGCUAAAAAUUUCUAGGUGAGCAUUCUAUUCAGCUACAAUUUUCGAAUCUUAUCAAAAAAAUUCCCUAGGAUGUUCUGAAGUUUAAUUUUUCACAUUUUUACAUUUUUGUAGCAAAAAGGAAACAUAAAAUUUUGGGAUUCAAAAUAUGAUGGAGUGAGGAAUAAGACAAAUUCUCACUUUCGUAAAACGUUCACUUGCAUCUAAACUUUACAGAAAAGUAACACUGAAGCCCUUGUAAUUUCCAAAAAGCCUCAAGUUCCCUCGGAUGACGAAACAUACUUGUAUACAAAUUUUAUAGCGCUGCUUAAAAUGCAUUUCUAGAGAUCUAAGAGUACUCUGGAUAGCCUAAACAGACUUUUCAAUGCAUUUAGGAAGAAACUGUCAUUGGGUGCCCCUGACAGUUCCUCAAAGUAGAUUGUAGGGAAGUUAGAACAACUUGGGCCUAUUUUUGCUGGGUUCAUGUAUGUGCUGCUGGCCUCUUGGAAACCCUACUCCAUUAAAGUCUUUUNGGAUGACGAAACAUACUUGUAUACAAAUUUUAUAGCGCUGCUUAAAAUGCAUUUCUAGAGAUCUAAGAGUACUCUGGAUAGCCUAAACAGACUUUUCAAUGCAUUUAGGAAGAAACUGUCAUUGGGUGCCCCUGACAGUUCCUCAAAGUAGAUUGUAGGGAAGUUAGAACAACUUGGGCCUAUUUUUGCUGGGUUCAUGUAUGUGCUGCUGGCCUCUUGGAAACCCUACUCCAUUAAAGUCUUUUCUGUGUGCAAUAAAUAGACUCCAUCUUAGUCACUUUUGGACAAAUGAAAUUUUCUCAAUCCCAACUUAUUCACUUUCUGUUUAUGUAUCUACCUUAUGAAGCCUUUGGACUAGACCAUCUUAAAAUGAAUUUUACACAUGUUUUAAAAUCUCUACAUACCAGAACUUUCGUAACCCCCAAAAUCCCAAUAAUAUGUGACCCUAUUCUAAUACAUGUACCUCCAUUGAACAAACAACCCCAUUAUAGUCAAUAUGGUGGAGAAAAUGCCACCCCACCCAGCCACACACCCCUGUUAGUCUGUUACUAUGAGAGUCAAUUGGUUGUUGGUUGAGUGAUUCCUUAAGAUGCAUCUGUUUCUUAUCAUAAAUGGGACAGCAUUUCCAUCAUCAAAGUACAAAGAGGAAAACCCCUUAACUCCAGGAGGUUACUGAUUAACCCUUUAAGUUCCAAUAUCUACAUACAAAUUGUCCAGACUGAUAGAACUGAUGUCCUUACAUUUCCUCAUAAAAUUAGUUGACAGAAUUUGAUAAAUGAUCAAUGCAAUUUUGCUUUGGUGAUCAUUUUAUUAAUUCUCAUAACUUUUUCUCAUGAUCAUGUACUGAUGUUGUUAGGAGAAAAUAAUAUUGACUUUCGUCACUGUUGAUAUUUGUUUAUAUCAAGAUGAAAUGCUUAAUGCUAUGGGAUCUGCCAAGCUGGAAAUCAUGGAUGAGAGAGAUGAUGACAAGGUAACAGAGAGUUCACCUCAUCGGACAGCUACAAAUGUACAGCGAAAGGCACAAAAGGUACGCAAAUGAGCAUUUGUAUCUUGAGCUUUGAUAUCACCUCUCCUACAGAUCAGGGAAGAGGUCAAAAAUAACUCCUAUAGAACUUUUAAAAAAAUGGUUGAUAAAAUGUUCCAAAGUUUUUAUCUGAAAUUUCAAGUCCGAAUAAAAAAUUUAAGAACAGAGAAAAGUGGCCACUGUAGGGAGGUGGACAGUUUUAAACAAGAGUUAUUUUUUACAUAGCUGGAAUAUUUUCCCCAGCGGCACUAGCUCUCAUUGGUUACUUUGAGGUCGCAUGACCUUUAACAUUUCCAAGCAGGCAACAGUGAAAAUGACAUCAAAGUGUAACAGUUCACUAUUACCCUGCAGAUGUUGGGUACUGGCGCAGAAUUACCCUCCCUCAAAUUACACACGUAAAAGUUUUUUGCUGUUGUCCUUGGCUAUGUAACAAAUCACUGAGUUAAUUACUGCCUCUUAUGAAACUAAUUACUUUUGUUUCCCUCAAAUGUUGAUGUAUCUAACGUAUUUCACAUGCAAUUAUAAAGAAUUUUGGUGCUACUCUGUAUGUUUAAGUCAAUGCCGCAAUAUUAUUUUUAGCAUUUUGGAAAAAAUUUUGAUACAAAUUUUCCCAGGCAAUGCUGCCCACACCCCCGAUAGAAGCCCCUCCAAAUGUGCCUUUACAUUUUUUUAUGGAGUUUAACGGUAGUCUAAGUCUUUUUUAAUCUUUUCUCUUUAGCCGUCCGAGCCAGAGCCAAAGAAGCCUGGCGGUGUUGAGCCAAUCGUCUUCUUUUCAGAAGACAACGAGUUUGCAUAUAAAGAUGAAAAUUAUUAA